AUGAAUGGCUACUGUUUUAGGAAUGGCUUCCUUGCCUACUUCAACAAAGUGUCCAAUUGUGGCGUUGUUGGUAGAAAUGAACUGAAGGCGAUUCUGGAGCGCGCUGGCCGGGAUCCAAGCGACAGUGAGAUUCAGAGAAUCCUGGACAGUGUCAGCGUUGAUGCUCGAGGAAUCAACUUCCAGGCUUUCAUAGACUACGUACGCACCUUCAAGCAGUUACGCAACGUCGACUCUGAGUACAGAGAGGCCUUCCGUAUCUAUGAUCGCAGUGGAUCCGGAAAACUCACACAGGCGGACGUCGCUUACGUCUUUGAGAAGCUGCGUGUCAACGUUGACGUUCCCGCCCUCUUCAAGGUGGCCGAUGCUGACAAUAACGGCACAAUUGAGUACAACGGCUUCCUUGCCUACUUCAACAAAGUGUCCAACUGUGGCGUUGUUGGUAGAAAUGAACUGAAGGCGAUUCUGGAGCGCGCUGGUCGGGAUCCGAGCGACAGUGAGAUUCAGAGAAUCCUGGACAGUGUCAGCGUUGAUGCUCGAGGAAUAAACUUCCAGGCUUUCAUAGACUACGUACGAACCUUCAAGCAGUUACGCAACGUCGACUCUGAGUACAGAGAGGCCUUCCGUAUCUAUGAUCGCAGUGGAUCUGGAAAACUCACACAGGCGGACGUCGCUUAUGUCUUUGAGAAGCUGCGUGUCAACGUUGACGUUCCCGCUCUCUUCAAGGUGGCCGAUGCUGACAAUAACGGCACAAUUGAGUACAACGGCUUCCUUGCCUAUUUCAACAAAGUGUCCAACUGUGGCGUUGUUGGUAGAAAUGAACUGAAGGCGAUUCUGGAGCGCGCUGGUCGGGAUCCGAGCGACAGUGAGAUUCAGAGAAUCCUGGACAGUGUCAGCGUUGAUCCUCGAGGAAUCAACUUCCAGGCUUUCAUAGACUACGUACGCACCUUCAAGCAGUUACGCAACGUCGACUCUGAGUACAGAGAGGCCUUCCGUAUCUAUGAUCGCAGUGGAUCUGGAAAACUCACACAGGCGGACGUCGCUUAUGUCUUUGAGAAGCUGCGUGUCAACGUUGACGUUCCCGCUCUUUUCAAAGUGGCCGAUGCUGACAAUAACGGCACAAUUGAGUACAACGAAUUUGUUGACCUUAUGAACAAGACUUUCUAA